GGGGUGGCGGGGUGCCAUUUAUAACUUCGCUUAUAGGGCAGCGAAAAUCCUAGAGCAGGCCCUGACAUAUAACCUAACCUGUAUGGCAUUUUUUGGACUGUGAGAGAAAACCCGGACGAACAAGGGGAGAAGAAAGAAACUCCGCGCGACUCGACCUCCGCGGUCUCCGUGCGGCCCUAUACGGCAAAUGCACCUGCUGCCAAAUAACAACUGAUCUGCCUAAUGCUGGAAGGAUACCAACUUCAAACCUACGCGGAUAUAACUAUAGACAAAUAGAACCGAAUUGUUUGGCAGGUAAUCGCUCUGUGUCACACGUGCAUGGACUAACUUUAUAAAGGGGGAUUUUCCCAUCCCGGGACAUUCCAAACUCCAGAGCUCAAUUUAAACGUGAAAGUGAAAGUGGGAACCGCAGACCAACGAGGACGCCUGAAGACGCAUUUCUUCACUGCAGCCGCACAGACGAAGAUGGAACCUAUAUUGAAGAUGUCCUUCAUGCCAGUCUUGGGGUUGUUUUUAACAAUAACUGCAUCAGCACUCAGCGAGCUUUUAUCACUGAACUGUGAAAAUAACAUAACUGGGAUAUACGCCACCCCGACAGAGCUAAAAUGCAUUUUGAAGGCCCAGGCACAGCUACAAAUCAAAAAAUUAUUGUGGAUAAAGAAGGGAUCCGUGGUGCAGGAGCUUAUUCAAUUUGAUGGGAGCAAAUUAAGUACUUCAGACCCUGAAUAUUUCACACUGUCACAACAGGACCUGAGAACCGAUAUCUCUCUUCUGGUGAGGAACACUCGGAUUGAGGAUGAAGGAACAUAUAAGUGUAUUGUAAUGGCAAACGCUGGCCCUCAAGAAUACGAGAUUUACCUGAAAGUGGAAGCUGGAUAUUCCCCGCCUGAAAUGAAAAAAUCAGCUACUGCCGUGAAUUGUAGCACUGGAGGCGGAUAUCCACAGGGAGAACUGCGCUGGAUGGACGAGAGUGGGGCUGACCUGACAAGCCAAGCGAAGAACACAUGGGAAGUGACCGACGGUGGGCUGAUCCAGUUACACAGUGAACUGAGUAUUUCACCCAGGACUGGUUACCACUCUUACACCUGCAUUGUGCUCAACAGCAAGGGAGAAGAAGAAGGAAGAGACACUUUAAAAAUUCCAGAAGUUGAAAAGCAGAUGGAAGUGGAAGCUGAACAGAAAAGUUCUUCCAAACACACGUGGAUAAUCGUCUCCAUUUGUGUCAUCCUGCUGGCUUUAAUCAUAGCUGUGCUCUUCGUACGAUGGAACAGAAGGCCACAUUUUAGGCUUAUUAAGUCCGUAGCUUGAUGGGAAGAACAGCACCGUAUUUGCUCUUCAAGCAAGAGUUGUUGUCUUUCUUUGUGAAAGUCCUGUAUUUCCGACAACAUCCUCACAUAACCGAGAUUGAACUUUGCAAUUAUAUAGCUAGCUUCAGUCGAUGAGCUAAUCAAUUAUGUUUUUUAUAUAGUGCCUUUCACAAUGAAUCGUGUCCAUACGGUUUACUGCAGAAGGAUCGCAGAGAGUCGCGGCUUUAUUAGCUUAAUUUCUAGCUUCUGAAUAAUCUGUGGCACUUUUUACAAUCACUCCUUCACUGAGUGCUUGAAACUUGUGAGACUCUGCGAAACAUUUCCGGAGGAGCCACGUAACAAAAGGCCAGAAUGACAAGGUAAAGGUAAACGGAAUGAUUGAAAAAAAUGGAGUAAAAUGUGGCCAGCAGGUGGCGGUAUGGGGGAACAGGUGACAUUAAUGAGUUGUCAUUCGUUUUUUAUUUUUUUAGUUGGUGUUUUUACUGCUGGGUGAUCUCUACCUUUUGCUGGUCGAAAUGUGGUCCCAGUUAUAACCCUGGGUUCAAGGGAAUCACCGGAAACUGGCAGUGUCUUUGUUUUUACUCCAGCACGUCAAAGAUUUUACAAGAAAAGGAGUUUAAAGCUGCGCCCUGGCCGUACAUAUUGCACGCUGGUGAAAUUCCAUUAACUGCCACCUUACUUAACCACCGCCAUGGGUUGGGUUUUGAUCUUUGAAGUGGUCGCCCUAUCAGUGCAGCUCUCUGUUUUUACCUGUGCAUUGUGCUGUGAUUUAUAUUUAUGCAGCCAUUUUAACACACUGGAUGCUCAACUCCUACCAGAAGUAGCCUUAGGGGUGUGCGGGGCCUCAGGGUUGACCAACCCCACGCGGUGGGCCGGUUACGUCAAACGCUGUUACCGGUCUGGGUGCACUGCGCACGAAUUAAAUAAAAAUAACACGAUGUAAAAAUAAUCAAUAAAAAUUUUUUUGCAAGAUAGCACGCGGACUUUAUCCAAAUAUAAUGGAGAAUAAAUAUAACUUGACAAAUCCACUCGAACGGGACACCCGGACAUCAAAAGCGGGCCCCACCUUAGGCUCGGAGCCCACUUGCCACCCCUAAACGCCGCUCUGAACGCCUACAUCAGUCCUCUCGUAUUUGCGAUCGCUAAACUCAUCCAUCCACUCCUCCAUUUUCUGCACGCCCUUUUGUCCAGAGGAAGUCACAGUCCGUCCCAGAAAGCGUUGUAUAAAAAUCCCAUCAGCUUAAAUGAUGAAGACUUUUGUUAGACUGCGGUGGGUUGGCACCCUGCCUGGGUUUGUUUCCUGCCUUGUGCCCUGUGUUGGCUGGGAUUGGCUCCAGCAGACCCCGUGACCCUGUGUUCGGAUUCAGCGGGUUGGAAAAUGGAUGGAUGGAUGGGCUUUUGUUACAAUCAAUGUCAGUGGAAAGUGAAAAUGUGAAUAUAUUGAUUCUAUAUCUCUCUAUUAUAUAUAUAAAAAAAAA